AAUGACACCGAAAGGGCGUUGGUACCGAAACACUACAAGUCCCACACUGGCAGCUCUCCAUCUGCCCCUCUCUCCCAUCGGAGACUGAGAGAUACGGUACGGGUUGUCUUGACGAAACCCCCCUGGACUUUCAGAACCGAAAACGGCCGAAAUUAGUGAACUGCAGCGGACCAUAGCGAAAGACACGGAAUUGACUCAUCUUUUAUUGUAAUUGUUUCCUUUAUUCACUGAACAAACGGACUGGUAAUUAUUAACACAAUUUGUCUUUGCUAGCGAGCUAGCUAAUUUUACGAAUUAUUCAGCGCCGGAGUCGAAUGUAGCCUAAUCGGUUCGGGUCCGGCGUGAUCACAUUUUUUAACCCAGACGCUGUUUAGAAAAGGGCCGAGCCGAGGACUGUCUAAUGAAUAUUGGAGGUCCAUGCUCUCGGGUACAGACAUCUCAAAAUUGUAAAGCAAUGUGUAAAGCAGACUUAUAUAUUGUCAACCUACGGUUGACUUUGCUGCGAAGGGACCUUAAAUAGCCUGUUAUUUUGGACACAUUCGAGAGUAACGUAGUUCACAUGUACAACACCUAGCUAAGUAUGAGAACAAUAAGUUGAGUUAGUGGUUGUUGUUUAUUGUCUUCCUUGUUUCAGAGACAUUCGGUGUUGUCACAAUAUAAAAUAGAGUGGUUAAAAAGUGUUAGUUGUCCUCUUGCAGCUAGUGUAUCAUUGGCCACCGCGAAUAUUUUUCUAAAACAUGAUUGUCGUAGGCUACUAUUGCUAUUUUAAGCCUCCUUUAGUGAAUUGGUGAAAUAUUGUGACUUGGAGUAGUCGACCCCUAUUUGUUUAAUGGUAGUCUGUGUUAACGUCGGUUGAUGUUUCGAUGUAGGGAUGCGAUUUGAGUAAUCUGGCUACAUUGUGGCCGUGUGUGUACGUCGGUGCCGAUUUAGGGAAAUGCAGUUUUGACAGUUAUCCAGCAGAAAACGUUAUCUGCUCCCCGUGGAUUUUUUGUAUUCAAGAUAUAAUAUCUCCAAUGUUUUCAAAUUGGAAGGAGCAUUUAGCAAUGUCACUAAAUAAAACAAGCGAGAAAUUCGUUUGUAUUGUCUUCCAGAGCCUCAACAUUCCGGAUCACCUGAGCCGGAGUCGAGAAGCAAGCGUCCCUUCGUGUUGUGCUUAAAAGCGUGUAAAUUGUGGGUACUUCUGAACAAAAACAAUGACACUUGUUAUCAAGCAUUUAGCCAAAUUAUACAAGAUAUGGUUUUUAGAAAUAUAAAUAACCAAAAAUUGGUGAAAAUCUAACUCGGUUAGGCUAUACGCUUUCAAUUUGAUCGCGAAGACUCGUGAUAUCAUUCGCACGCCUCUCGUGGGUGAAUGUGGGCUUUAGGCUGUACAACCGAAUGACCGGCGGGAGUGAGUGAAGGAUUGGCGCUUCGUGAGCGUGAAUGUUUUAUUUUUGCUAUAUUGCAUCAUGAUGAAAGUAUAACAUCAUCGACUUGGGCCGGGGGUAAAACCUGACGCCCACUUCAACGGUCCGUGGCCGAAGUUUACCUAAUCGCUGUUGUUACGCACGCAGAUAUUUCAAGAAGAGGAACUGGAGUUAGGAGAGCAGUAGGCGAUGUAAAACGAGAAAGACAUAUCCAGCUAGAUAUGAAGCGAUAUGUGGCCGUAGUAGUCUACUUUACCGGAACAGAGCCAAUAUCGGCUUUGUGAUGCGCGAGUGUUUCGAAGUGACGAGCGCGGGGUAACAGCUCCUGAAGAUAACUAAUUGUGUUCCUUUUCAGUAAAAUAGUAUCAAUGGAUUUGGGUUUAUGAUGAGCACACUGUAGGCUAGGCUACAUUUUCACUAAGUAGUGUAUAUCGCUAUACGCUAGCCUAUAUAUUCCCAAAGGAAAUGUCUGUAGAGUAAGCUACCUGUUCGUUAAAUUGACAAUUGUUUAUUUGAAUUGGGGCGUGUGCACCUAAUUACGGUUAUUUCAGUACAUUAAAAUUCGAGUGUACCUAUGUAGCCUAGUAAGUUAUUCCCCAUUAGUUAAAUAGUCUACAUCAUUUAGCCUACCUUUUGUAGUUCUUUUGGACGCGCUUUACGAUGUGCUGGUAAUUCAUGUAUUUUAUUUCAGAAAGUUUGAACGAAGAAUGCUAUUUAUUAUAUUAUAUUAUAUUGUGCUACAUGUCACCUUCGUGCUAAAUUAGCGAACUGACAUUGUAAGCACGCGCGCAUUGUGAAUUCAGGAAUAUAGAAAAAUGGUUCGGUAAAGAAACAAAACUAGUUACUCUUUUAAUCUAAUACUUCGUGUACAGCAUUUAACUGGUUUAUGACAGCUUUGCCAACUUGAAGUUGAAGGACAAAUUUAAAACAAGGUAAAAAAAAUUGAAUGGAAAAUGUCUCAACACUAUUUAAGAGUUGUGUAUGGCAAUAGGGAGUAUUGAUCUUCUUUCCCGUUGAAUGCACCUCCUUCUCUGUUGUUCGUUACUAUUUUCUGUGGAUGCUUUACAGUUUGUGAGGCACUGUAGCAGAGAGGCAGGCAAGGCUCCCUAACCCUCCCCAAACCCCACCCUCUACCCCAACCACUUCUCCCGCCUGCCAUGGUCUCGGCUUCCCCGCUCUGCAGCAGUGUGCGUGGCUGGGUCAGCACUGACCAUAUCCCUUUGUGCAGCAUCAACGAAGACCGAGUAUCCUAUACUGAAGAUUCUCCCAGUGUAAAACUGCAGUCGCCACUUUGUAAGGAAUGUGGUGUUAACAGCGAGCACAUGCAGGUGGAUCCCACACAGAUGAAAGUAGGAGAUGGAGGUGCAAUGAGCACAGGGGGCGGGACUCCAAGCCAAGUGCUAGAGAGCAUGGUGGGAAACCCUCCACCUAAGACAUUAUCUCCAGAGCUGGCUACAGAUGUGAAUCAGCAGUCUAAGCCAGCUCCAGAAUCAGACUUCAAACCAUCCCAUGUCUCCUCAAAAACCAGUCAUCUGCAGCAUUGCCUUGAAGCCUCUCCGUCUGUAUGCUAUGAUAGCGCCCCCUUGUUACGCACUGUACCAGUGAACAUGGCACUGCAUGAGAAAGCAGAGAUUCCAAAACAGAGCAUGGAGGGUGCUGCGACCCAUCCCAGGCAUCAACGGCUAAGUGGGAAAAGGGACAACGUCACCCCCAACCCCAAUCCCAGCACUGGGAACCCUGGAAAGAGGGCACCAGCACAGAUUCAGUCUGUGAUUAGUCUGUCCCCAGGUUUCCAGUGCUCCACUCACUUUAAACCAGGCCAGCCAGUGGCCUUUUUCCCCACUGCUAACCUCAGCCCUCCAUUGUGCAAGAUCACUCUUCCCCCUGCUUUGGGCCAGAUUGCGGCUUUAAGAGAAGCUACGGCUAACCAGUUCAGCAAGGUUUGUCACCUACAAGGCUCAAACUCCAGUAGUACCCCUCAGCUUCGGCCACACCCUUACCAUUUCUCCAUUGGAAGAGUUAUUACCCCCGAAAGCAAACCUUCCACUGCAGCAAAACACACUUGUGGCCCUGCUGCUUGCAGCAAGAGUUCCAAAGUGGGCAGAGACCAUGAUUCACCCCUGGACUCAGGAGCCUCACCUACCAUUGCAGUCCCAUUGAAGCAACCAACAUUAGGCUCUGCCUCUAUACCCCCUCUGUCCCUGCCUCCUUCCUCUCAAGGUGGGUGCAGCACAGCUAUAUCCAGCUUUUCUGAACACAGCAGACUGCAGAACUAUGCAGAGAAGCAUGCAUCCCAUCCCAGCCUUGAAAGUACAUCAGUCACACAUGCAAGACUGAAGUCCCCAGGUGCCACAGAGGAGAAUGCUCUAAUGUGCUCGGCUGAUGUAAGGGACAUGCCACUGGACUUGUCUGCAAAGUCAAAAAGACAGAAGUCUUCUGCAGCCCCUCCAAAGUCACCCAAAACAGAGGUCUGCAGUACAGAAGCAGGGAAGAAUGAUGCAACCUCUCUAAAGAAGGCUCCUUGUGCACAGACCUCCAGCCUUGGUCCUUCUGCACCUUAUACCGUCUUUCCAGAGACACUGAAAAAUGGUGCUCUUGCAAAGAAUUCUACCAGCUUUUUGGAUCACCAGGGCUCUGAAGCAUCUGCUUCCUGGGGAAAAAUCUCCUCACCGGGCUCCAUAAACCCCCCAGGGACCUAUGUGGGGGUGGCCAGUCCUGUACUUGCCUCCACCCUGCGCAGCAAGGAUGGGAAGGGGACUUCUUUUGUGGAGGACCUGCAAAGCACGGCUAAACAGGAGACCAUCUCCAUCGUUGACCAAGGGGAGCACCUGGGCUGUAGGGGAAGGAAAGGACCUUCUGUGAUCAAGGAUCCACAGAAGUGCCCCACCUACAAACACUCGAGUGAUAUUCGUUUAGCUGGUCAACCCAAGGAUGUCUUUCCCUUAGCUUUAUCUGGCCCUGCUAAGUCGCAUACCCAUUGUACACUCAGCUGUGGGAAAGCAGUCAUCCCACAUUCUCCUAAUGGCAGCAAGCCAGCAUGGCGCCAGCUCAGUCUUCUCCCCCACCAGGGAGCUUCUGCACUGCGACAGAAAAAAUCUCAUGGGGCCCCCCAAUCACAGUUGGGCAAUGGCAGUGAGGGCGUCCCUUUUCAGGAUCCCCUCUCAAAUGCAUCCCAUGCAAAAGAAGAAAAGUGGGACAAAACCAAGUUUCCUAUCUCCAACCUGGAAUCCAUAGUGAAACCUCUGGAGACAUCUGAACUCCCCAGUGAUGGAUGCCGUAAUCUGACAACCUUAGACACGGAGAGUUCUGAAGCUGUGGCUGUGCACGUCGGGUAUCAAGAUGCCAAAUCAUGGCAGGUCACAUCCAGAGAGUUCCAACUGUUGAAGUCUUCCAAGAAGAGAGAAGGGAAACUUGAGAAAGAUCUCCAAGGAGGGGUUCACACUCGGGUUUCCUGCAAGCAAGAGAAAUGGAUUGCUACUGAACAAAAGAAAAGAGAAAAGACCCCAGAAAAACGACUCAAGCAGGAAGAAAACUCAGGCAGCAAUGACUUCUCAAACACUUCAAGAACUCAUGACAAGAAUAAAAGGAGAACCAAGUUUAUCCAUGACUCCAAUGAUGAUAAUGCUGAGGUGAGGUCUGUCACUGAAAGCCUCUCCCCUUGUGUGAAGUUGGAAGGCAUUGCUUUCUCCAUCCUCAAGGGUCAGUGCACAGGUGUCACAGAGCUAAAGGAGAAAGCAACUGGAACCAAAGAUAUGAAAAAUGUUCAUUCUAAAGCUAGAGCACCAGUCAACAAAUGCAAAAAGCUCAGUUCCAGCAAGAUUGACAAACUGUCAACAGAAAACUUGAGAAAGAUGGUAGCAUGUACCAAAAAGUCACAGGAAAGCAAGACCAAGAAGGCAAAGAAACAGAAGAAGCAGCCGGUACCUGGACUGGAGCUCAGCCAGCCAGAGGCAGAGGAGGGCAAGAGGAAACGUGGGGGGAGGGGCAGUAUUGCUUCUGCAGAGCAGCUCUCUCACAGCCAAGCAGGUGGUGUGAGCAGUGACUUUAUGGCCCGACAAAGCACGGCAGACCAAGGUUUGCAGCAGAGCAGCCCUGGUAGACCAAGAAGGGAGGGGCAGGGCGCCACCCCCAGGUUGAGGAGAGGUCGCCGGCCGACAGAGAAGGUGCUUCAAGAGAACCAGAGCCCCUCUCCCUCCCCCUCUCCCCCUCCACUGCCUCCACUUCCUCCACCUCCGCCAUCGCCCUCCGCCCCGUUCCGCAGGCCCAGAGGCCGGCCUCGCUCGAACCCGCUGCCCAACCAGACCCAGGGGGCCGCGGCCACGCCAGCCACACAUGGCGGGAAUGCAGACACGUGUGCGGGAAAGAAAAGGCGCCGUCGCUGGAACAGGAAGUACCAGAACGGGGAGUACAUCGUGGAGCGCGAUCAGACCAGAGAAGAACCGGAGGAGAAGUGUGUGACCACGCGACAGGCCGCUCGAGCAGAAGCAGACCUGAGGACCACAGGUGUCUACCCGCGCCAGAGCGCCACCCUUCCGUGUGUGGGCACCAGCCCGGAGAGCGGCACCAGAAGGGCUCUCCUCACCCGCUCAGGGUCGGCACGGAGGCCCGAGUCCUGUGCCAGUCCAGAGCCCGGUGACAAGCCCGCAGGCAAACGGAAGUUCAAAAGCAAACACUUGUCCGACACAGAAGAGGAGAAGCUCAAGAGUAAGCGCGGCCACCUCGGGAAGCGCGCCGCUCCUGCGGCCGAUGCGGACAGCCCCCCAGCGAAGAGGCUCCACCCCCCUGGCUCCGUUUCCACCCCGAAGGGUCUGUCCUCGCCCCUGACUGGCAGGAGAGGGAGCGCUGGCAGGGGGGGCGCUCCCGAGUCCUCCCCCGUCCGGCCCGCCCCCCCAGAGGUGCGCAGGCUAAUAGUGAACAAGAAUGCUGGGGAGACCCUCCUUCAGAGAGCCGCUCGAUUAGGCUACCAGGAGGUUGUCCUGUACUGCCUGGAGAAGGACGUGCGGGAGGUGAAUCGCCGCGACAACGCGGGCUACACCGCUCUGCACGAGGCCUGCUCGCGCGGCUGGGCCCACAUCGUCCGAGUGCUGCUGGACCACGGCGCCGACGUCAACUGCAGCGCCCAGGACGGCACGCGCCCAAUUCAUGACGCAGUGGUUAAUGACAACAUGACUGUGGUGUGGAUGUUGCUCAACCACGGGGCGGACCCCACCCUGGCCACCUACUCUGGGCAGACAGCGCUCAAACUGGCCCAGAGCAACAGCAUGAAGAAGUUCCUCAUGGAAUACUUUGCAGAUCUGGAAGGACGGGAUGAGCAGGAUCCCGGACUGUGCUGGGAUUUCUACAGCAGUGCUGUGUUUGAGUCUGAAGAGAAGGCAUGCUGGGAUUUCCUGCUCUCACUCCCCAAUGAGGAGGAGGCGAAGGAGACUGAGGAGAGGACAGAAGGGGACUGUUUCCUGUUUGAAUUCUCAGCUGAGCCCCUUUUACCCUGCUACCAUAUUCAAGUGUCACUGACCCAGGGCUUCUGCAACUGGUUCCUCCUGUCAGACGUUUUGAGGCGCCUGAAGAUGUCCACGCGGAUAUUCCGCGCGCGGUACCCGCACUUCGAGGUGGUGGGGAUCUCGCGUGCGGAGCUCUGCCAGCAGGCGUCCGUCAGCCAGGUCACGCCGGUCCCCGGAGAGCUUUGGGCGUCCGGCAGGGAAGGGGAGGGGCCGGUGGAGAUGGUGCGCUGCGUCCCGGACUUGCAGGGGCUGCUGGGCUCCACCAUGCACAUCCUGGAGGAGGCGCAGAGCCGGUAGCUGCCACCGCACCCCCCACCCCCACCCUCCCCCAAAACUCAAACACUUUUCCCUACACCCCCUCCAGUCUGAACUCAUCUCCCUCAGUGGACAAUCGAAUCAGGACAAAGAGAAGUACCCAUGAGUCCGCAACAGAACCAACAAAACCAGCCAUUGGAUGCUCAGAUGCUCAGAAUGGACUGGGUAAUCUUCUCUGAUUUCUAUGUCUGCACUUCUAUAGUGUUAACUGUAUUUUUUAAGGCACACGCCACUUGACUGUGGCAUCCACGGCAUAAGCUUUUUAUCAACUACCACAGCCUGGUCCCCUGGAGGAACGAGAAUUGGACACAGUGGGAUGAAGAAUUCAGAACUGAAGCUUGCAGUUUCCAACUGCAGGCAUUUUCAAUGUCGGUUAAUAGUUUUCAGCAUUUGAAGAACCGUCAACAGCAACAGGGUUAACACAAGUGGGUUAUUUAUAUAUGAGGGUGGUGGAAAUUAAUUUUGUUUCAUCGUGUUCUGUUGCACACCUGCUUAAUUGUGAGAGAAACCAAGUUUUCAGGCUGAGAAAAUUUCUGACUUUUGUCUUGGUACAUUUUUGCACCCAGCUAAGAGGCCAAUGGGCCAGAUGGUUUAGAUGGUUCAGAUGGUUCUGCAAACUAGCAAACCUCUUCUACAGACCGUAGAAAACCCACCCCCGACCCCCCAGUGGCCUCAUAGAGACUAAUGGCCUUGCACUACACCCCUACACCACCCCACCCUAACCCACACCAGUUCAAAGACUCAGUGUUCGUCUACAAAAACAUCCACUGUACAGAGUGAACAGUGGUCAGUAUUGUUUCACCCUUUUGUGUGGGGUUAGGGUUUCUUUCUGUUGUGGGUUUCAGAAUAUGGCAGCGCUUUUCACUAAAAUGUCACAUUUGAUGGUUUUUGACUGGUCUCACUAGGUUGACCCUAGUCAUUUGCAAGUUCUGUUUUAUUUUUGUUUUUAGAGGGUGGGGGGUUCACAGUUUCUUUCAGCUGCUGACCUGUUUGUAGCAUAACCCUUCCAAAUGAUUACCUUUUCAGACAUCGACUCCAGCCAUAACCGGUUUGGAUCCUUCUGAGACAGUUUUUUCUUUGAAUAUCUUUAUCUUGUGGAAGGCCGCUUACUUUGCUUUAAUUUCAGUUAACUGCCAAUGAAAAGGUCACAAGAGAUCAAGAUGGCGUGGAAAUGACCCAGGUCGUAACCCAUAAGGCUUGUGAGAAUGAAUCCAGUUCUCAUUGCCCUUCUUCAAUGAAUUCACCUUUCCCACUCUCAUGAACUAAUUAAUUCCCCAUUCUGUGUUUUAUUUACAGUGUUUGAUUUGUAUCCUUGCUUAAUUUAACAGAUGUUAUGAUUAAUAUAUUUUACCUUGUGUAUUUGGCAAAUGAUUUAAUAUUUCUUUGUAUGGUUGGUGCUUUGUUUGAAGUAUUGUAUAUUCCUUUAUUCUCCAAGUUGUUGGUUUGUUUUUCCUUCUCUGCAUAUUUUAAUACGCCAAAGUACAGUUAUAUUGUACUGGUGCUACCCUAGAUUUUGUGUUUGACAAUCACUGAAGUUUCGUUCGAAGUUUAAACCAAUAAAUUAUAUUUAAAUAGAAGAGAAAGAAAUGUAAAGGAUGCAAAGUCGAGUUUCUGGCUGCAGCAUAAUUAUGUUGAUGGGUACAAGGUACGUUGAGAACGUAGGGAAGGACACCUUUUUAUUUAUGUCUUUUAUAAGAAAAGCAAACCGAAUAAACCUUGAUUGUCCUCUGUGUGUUCAUCACAA